GUGUUAUUCUGUCCUUAUGAACUUCACAGAUCUGUAGCGGAGCAGGAGAGGCCGUUCGCUCUGGGCAUGCAGUUCGUUCUCCUCAGGACCCUCGCCUACAUCCCGACGCCCAUAUAUUUCGGCGCUGUCAUCGACACCACGUGCAUGUUGUGGCAGCAGGACUGCGGCGUGCACGGCUCCUGCUGGGAAUACGACGUCACCUCGCUGCGCUUCGUCUACUUCGGCCUCGCCGCCAGCCUGAAGUUAAUCGGCUUCUUCUUCAUCUUCCUCACCUGGUACUCCAUCAAAUACAAAGAGGAACGAGUGGAGCAGUGGAUGAAACGCCACCUGUCGCCCGUGGACACCGUGGGAAGUCUCGUUUGUCACCCUGGAGGUCACAAAGGUCACGCUCGCACCCGAUCCUGCCCCGUAAACAUCCCGCGAACCGACCCCAGCUCGGUUCUCGCGGCUAACGCGCCGCCGCGAGCAGGGCCGUUAAACCGCGGCGUUAGCACCCAGAGUUGCCCUGGAAACGAGCUAAAGGAAGUAGCUCCUCCACCAAAGGCGACGGCUUCGGCGACGUCGGCUUCGGCGACCUCGCUCGACCACGUCUCGGCGCGAGUUUGAAGGUCGAAAAACGGGGGGCAGGCGAUAAAAUCAGAGAAAAUAAAUCUAAAAAUCCAAUCAGAUGGUUUUUAGCGGCUCUCAAUCAUCACACAGAGGUCCUGCUUUCAUUUCAAGACCCUCUCAACGCGGCUUCUGGGUUGAAAAACACCGUCAACUGGAAACAGAGCAUGUGAUUCUGUGAGGAGGAAAUGCAGCUUUUUGAUUGGUUGGUGAAAUAAUCGGAAGAAGUGUUUUUUCUUUGACAUUCAUCAGCGGACAAAACGCUUCAAGAAAUAAAACCCCUCCCUGCCCUCGGCAAAACGUGCCUUCUGUCACCCCCUCACAAAGAAAAAAGCGUGAACGGAUACCUCAGCUCCGCCUCCUUCUUCAUCUCCUCACCGCCAUUUUGUUUUCCUGACUCUCACAAAUAAAAAAAAAUAAAAAUAAAAAUAAAAAAACCUUUGGAAAUGUGACAUUCUGCAACCAAGUGUUCAGAACCGGAAACCGAUGACAUGGUGCUAUGUGUUGAAAAAAAUGUUUUAGCGUCCAUUUUUUUUCUUUUUCUUUUUGGGUCAUUUUUUGAGUGAAAAGACCCCCAGAGGUCAGUGGGUUAAGCAGCUUGGAAACACAGAAUGAAUUCCUGUUUGAUGCCAGGCCUCCUGACUCGAUAACGCCAAGUAUUACCGCUGGAAGUCGGAUUGUUCAGCUCCAAACAAUGCAUCCAUACACCCCUCCUGACUUGAUAAGUGGUUUACCCCAAAUCUGCAUUUUCCUCCUGACCACAUUCCUGAGGAGAAAACAUUUAUUGCUUGGAGACGCGAUCGGAUCAGAGGACUCUUUACCGGACCUUUCUUCAGAACUUAGAAGUAGUCGUCCGUUCUCUCAGAAAAGCUGCUGCUGAAUUCUGGGAUGGAUCCUUGAUUGGAGGAGUUAGUUUCUUGCUUAGCAUUUUAAAAGUAGUCCCAAUGAUUUCUGGGUAAUGACUGCGUAGGCUUUGCACUGAUCUGAACGUCAAAGGAAAGGUUUAAGACAUUUAGUCAAAAGAAAAUCACUGUACAACGUGCAGAGAAAUCUACUGAAGAGCUGCAGCUGACGAUUGUUUUCUUAAUCUAUAAACUACUAACUAUUCCUCAAUUAACUACCGUAUCGAUUAAUUGCUUGAUCUGAAGAGAAACAGUUAGAAAGAUGUGGAAAAAAAGCCCAUCACAUUUCGUCCAAAAAAUCCAAAGAUAUUCAACGCAGCAAAUGAGAUUUGAGAAGCGUCUUGUUGUCUAAUUGGUUAUCAGAACAUUUGUGUCUGUCGGCUAAUCGCUAAUGGUUUUAGCUCCAGAUCAGACCCAGUAGUUAAUGUGCCAAAACCAUUUCAUCAAGCACUUCUUAUUAUUACGCUAUUGUUUAAUAUUUUGUAGCUCUAAAAGUCUUCGAGACAAAUGAACGCAACCCGUUUUAAACGCUAAUCAGUGUUAAAUCACUUUAAAAUGAAUUUGGCUGGACCUUUUUUACUCGCAGUAUUAUCUCCUCACAACCCACUUGUUUCCUAAAGAGCAGCUUCCUGUUACAGCGUUCCUCCGACGCCCCCUGCUGGCCGGAUGUAUUACUCUGCUGCUUUUCCACUAGAGAAACAUGGCUUUUUAUUUCACAAACCAAAACAGUGUUGAAACAGGAUUUAACAAAGUCCUGAUGUCCUGGUUUACAUGCAGCUUGUGUCUCGAGCAAUCAGUAUCUUGUAUUGGAGAUUGUUCACUUUGUUUACCAUUCAUUCACCUGCUGAUUAUUUGUUGUUGUUUUUUUUGUAUGUCAGAAAAUGGAGAAAUAAGUUACAACGUCCUACAGCUCAAGUGUUUUCAUUUGCAAUCAUAGUGGUCUUGAAAAGGCAGGAAAAUCACACGCGGGAAACUGGAAUGAGUGAAUGUCUGACGUGACUAUUACUACAAUUAUUAAUAUACAAUUAGUUUGUUUUGUUUGCCAAAUCGAGGAGGAAUCUGAUAUUAAUCCUACAAGAAAACGCAGAACUCCACGCAGUUUAGACUAAAGUAAAAAUAAACUACAUUCCUGUAAAAGUGAUAAACAAACAUCUUUAAAACGAGGAUCUGUUAGCGGGGCGCUGAGACCCUGGUCCUGUUUCUCUGUGCCUACAUUUCACUUUAACAGCUCCUUUGUUUUCUACGUGACGCUCCUGUUCAGCUGGUUCUUUGAAUCCCAGACAGAUGAAAUGUUGAGCCCACCUUCCUGAGAAGAACGCUUUAAACAUUUGGCGUCGUAGCUCCUACAAAGUAUCUCAAAUUAGCUUCAUCAUACUCACUGCUUUUGUGAAGUAUGUUGGUCCGUCCCUUAAUAAUGUCUGACUUCCUGUCUGCAGCCCUCCCAACAAAAUGUAUACUAUACAACAGAUCUUAAACACCUCAAAAAUAAUUAAAAUAAAGACUCGGUAAUACCAUACAACAGCUGGUCAGAGUACUUUAUUCUACAGCUUAAGAAAAUCUCUACUCUACUCUUUCACAUGUAUUUGUCAAUAAACACUUAAGAUGUCCUCACAGCAUACAUUACAUUAAGUGUUUUAAUCACCCGUCAAUGUUUCUGGAAAAAACCUUUUUACAGGAAUAUGAAUGCUCAGAUUUGUUAUCGAACAGAUUAAGGCAGCACUUAAUCUCAGUGUUGAUUAGUUUGAAAGGUAUCUUCUCUUAGUUUGGUCUUAAAAUGACAGAAUUGUGGUUCUCCUAGCCAAUUGGUUCCUACGAAAGAAAAAUUAAACAAUUAAAUAAAAGAUAAUGUACCGGCGUUUUUAGCAUAGAAACAAAAAAAUUAUAAAAUGGGAUGAUACUAACUCCUCGGCAGUAUUUUGUCAUAAAUUAAUACAAGAGAAAAACAUCUUAAACCUGUUAUAUUACCAACAAGAAAACAAAACUCUUGCGACAUAACCCUUAUUAUUUCCUUAUUACAUUGUAUUGUUUACUUUCCUGCAACACGUGAUGAUUUGGUGUCUCAAAAUAAAGGCUCUUUGGAAAAUGAGGUGCAGUAUUUCACAGAUUUGAAGACCCAAAGUAUCCUGAAACUCACUCCACUGAUAUUUUAGGUUUUUAGCCAUGAAUUAAUACAAAACAAGUCGUAUUUUAGUUUGUUUUUUUAACCCAAAACACUGCAGAAACCAAACCCCUCCCCUCAGGUGGUCUCAGUAUUUCAUCCUCACAUCGUGGAUCUCCAGCUGCAGGACUUCACUGCGUCACGUUUCUUUAAAUCUUCCUCUCACCUGAAACAGAUCGUUUCCCUCCAUGUGUCGUGCCGUAGUUUCACGUAGUAAUAAAUGUGGAAUCAUCUCCAGACUCUGAGACGUAGGUUAGAAAAUCUUAUUCUUCUUUUCUUUUAAAAAAUAAAAAAUCAGUAUUGUAUUUAUUUCCAGAGGACAGUGUUUCUGACGGAGAGGCGACGGGCGAUCCGUGGAAACACGGCCACUGAGCCUCGGAUUCUCCUGUCAAUAAAGAUGUGAAAAAUAAUAAAACAGUAUUACAAAAACA